AUGGUCCAGCUGGGGAAGCUGCUCCGCGUCCUGACUUUGAUGAAGUUCCCCUGCUGCGUGCUGGAGGUGCUCCUGUGCGCGCUGGCGGCGGCGGCGCGCGGCCAGGAGAUGUACGCCCCGCACUCUAUCCGGAUCGAGGGGGACGUCACCCUCGGGGGGCUGUUCCCGGUGCAUGCCAAGGGUCCUAGCGGAGUGCCCUGCGGCGACAUCAAGAGGGAGAACGGGAUCCACAGGCUGGAAGCGAUGCUCUACGCCCUGGACCAGAUCAACAGCGAUCCCAACCUGCUGCCCAACGUGACGCUGGGCGCGCGGAUCCUGGACACUUGUUCCAGGGACACUUACGCGCUCGAACAGUCGCUCACUUUCGUCCAGGCGCUCAUCCAGAAGGACACCUCCGACGUGCGCUGCACCAACGGCGAGCCUCCGGUUUUCGUCAAGCCGGAGAAAGUAGUUGGAGUGAUUGGGGCUUCAGGGAGUUCGGUCUCCAUCAUGGUAGCCAACAUCCUGAGGCUCUUCCAGAUCCCCCAGAUCAGUUACGCAUCAACGGCACCUGAGUUAAGUGAUGACAGGCGCUACGACUUCUUCUCUCGUGUGGUCCCACCUGACUCCUUCCAAGCUCAGGCUAUGGUGGACAUUGUAAAGGCCCUAGGCUGGAAUUAUGUGUCUACCCUUGCAUCUGAAGGAAGUUACGGAGAGAAAGGUGUGGAAUCCUUCACGCAGAUUUCCAAAGAGGCAGGUGGGCUCUGCAUUGCACAGUCUGUGAGAAUCCCCCAAGAGCGCAAAGACAGAACCAUUGACUUUGAUAGAAUUAUCAAACAGCUCCUGGACACCCCCAACUCCAGGGCCGUCGUGAUUUUUGCCAACGAUGAGGAUAUAAAGCAGAUCCUUGCAGCAGCCAAAAGAGCUGACCAAGUAGGCCAUUUUCUUUGGGUGGGAUCAGACAGCUGGGGUUCCAAAAUAAACCCACUGCACCAGCAUGAAGAUAUUGCAGAAGGAGCCAUCACCAUUCAGCCCAAGCGAGCAACAGUCGAAGGGUUUGAUGCCUAUUUUACGUCACGCACACUUGAAAACAACAGAAGAAACGUAUGGUUUGCUGAAUACUGGGAGGAAAACUUCAACUGCAAGUUGACAAUUAGUGGGUCAAAGAAAGAAGACACAGAUCGCAAAUGCACAGGACAGGAGAGAAUUGGGAAAGAUUCCAACUAUGAACAGGAGGGUAAAGUUCAGUUUGUGAUUGAUGCGGUCUAUGCAAUGGCUCAUGCCCUUCAUCAUAUGAACAAGGAUCUCUGUGCCGACUACCGAGGGGUCUGUCCGGAAAUGGAGCAAGCUGGGGGAAAGAAGUUGUUGAAGUAUAUCCGCAAUGUUAAUUUCAAUGGUAGUGCAGGCACCCCAGUAAUGUUUAACAAGAAUGGGGAUGCACCAGGGCGUUAUGACAUCUUUCAGUACCAGACAACAAACACCACCAACCCUGGUUACCGUCUGAUUGGACAGUGGACGGAUGAACUUCAGCUCAAUAUAGAGGACAUGCAGUGGGGUAAAGGAGUCCGGGAGAUCCCCCCCUCAGUGUGCACACUGCCAUGCAAGCCUGGGCAAAGAAAGAAGACUCAGAAGGGAACUCCGUGCUGCUGGACCUGUGAGCCUUGUGAUGGCUACCAGUACCAGUUUGAUGAGAUGACAUGCCAACAUUGCCCCUACGACCAGAGGCCCAAUGAAAACCGAACCGGCUGCCAGGAUAUCCCCAUCAUCAAAUUAGAGUGGCAUUCCCCCUGGGCCGUCAUCCCUGUCUUCCUAGCAAUGUUGGGGAUCAUUGCCACCAUCUUUGUCAUGGCCACUUUCAUCCGCUACAAUGACACGCCCAUUGUCCGGGCAUCUGGGCGGGAACUGAGCUACGUUCUGUUGACUGGCAUCUUUCUUUGCUACAUUAUCACUUUCCUGAUGAUAGCCAAACCUGAUGUGGCCGUGUGUUCUUUCCGGAGAGUUUUCUUGGGCUUGGGUAUGUGCAUCAGUUAUGCAGCCCUCUUGACAAAAACCAAUCGGAUUUAUCGCAUAUUUGAGCAGGGCAAGAAAUCAGUGACAGCUCCCAGACUCAUAAGCCCAACAUCACAGCUGGCAAUCACUUCCAGUUUAAUAUCAGUUCAGCUUCUAGGAGUUUUCAUUUGGUUUGGUGUUGACCCACCCAACAUCAUCAUAGACUAUGAUGAACAUAAGACAAUGAACCCUGAGCAGGCCAGGGGAGUUCUCAAAUGUGACAUUACAGAUCUCCAAAUCAUUUGCUCCUUGGGAUAUAGCAUUCUUCUCAUGGUCACAUGUACUGUGUAUGCCAUCAAGACUCGGGGUGUCCCAGAGAAUUUUAAUGAAGCCAAACCUAUUGGAUUCACUAUGUACACGACAUGUAUAGUGUGGCUUGCCUUCAUUCCCAUUUUUUUUGGCACUGCUCAGUCAGCGGAAAAGCUCUACAUACAAACUACCACGCUUACAAUCUCCAUGAACCUAAGUGCAUCAGUGGCGCUGGGGAUGCUAUACAUGCCGAAAGUGUACAUCAUCAUUUUCCACCCUGAACUCAAUGUCCAGAAACGGAAGCGAAGCUUCAAGGCGGUAGUCACAGCAGCCACCAUGUCUUCACGGCUGUCACACAAACCCAGUGACAGACCCAACGGGGAGGCAAAAACAGAACUCUGUGAAAACGUAGACCCAAACAGCCCUGCUGCAAAAAAGAAGUAUGUCAGUUAUAAUAACCUGGUUAUCUAACCUGUUUCAUUCCAUGGAACCAUGGAAGAGGAAGACCCUCAGUUAUUUCGUCACCCAACCUGGCAUAGGACUCUUUUGGUCCUGCCCGCUGCCCAUCACUGGAGGAGCAUCCCCAGCCAGGAGACCAACGUUAGAGGAUCCAAGUGUCCUACACAGCUGCUUUAUGAAAUAUUCUUACUUUAUCUUGGCUUAAUAAGUCACUGGCAUCAGCACUGCCAACUCGGCUGCAAUUUUGGACCUUCCCUACCACAGGGAGUGUUGAGACUCAAGUCCCACCCAG